AUGGACGAACUCAGUAAAGAGCGUACCCUAGCGGAAACACCAACAUGGGCUGUUGCUGUGGUCUGUUUUGUGUUGCUUGCAGUUUCAAUCUUCAUUGAACGUAUCAUACACCUCAUAGGAAAGUGGUUAACAAGCAAACACAAGAGAGCUCUAGUUGAAGCACUUGAGAAGAUUAAAUCUGAGCUCAUGCUGUUGGGAUUUCUAUCCUUGCUCCUAACUGUGCUGCAAGGACGUAUCUCUGAUAUAUGCAUACCAAAAAGUAUUGGGGCCUCUUGGCAUCCCUGCAGUAAGGAAGCAGAGUCAAAAUCUGAAAACAAGGGUAGGAAACUUCUUGAUUUCUCAGAUCCUGACUUCAGUUACAGGCGCAGGUUAGCAGUAAAAGGAUAUGAUUAUUGUUCAGAGCAGGGCAAAGUUGCCUUUGUGUCUGCCUAUGGGAUUCACCAACUGCACAUAUUUAUCUUUGUGUUAGCAGUUUUUCAUGUGCUCUACUGCAUCCUUACGUUGACUUUGGGAAGAUACAAGAUGAGAACAUGGAAGGUUUGGGAGAAAGAGACAAAGUCAAUUGAACAUCAGCACCACAAUGAUCCAGAAAGGUUUAGGUUUGCAAGGGACACAUCAUUUGGACAGAGACAUUUGAAAUUCAGGUCACCAUUGACCCUUUGGAUUGUGUCUUUCUUCAGGCAGCUCUUCCAGUCGGUUACUAGGGUUGAUUACCUAACCCUGAGGCAUGGAUUUAUCAUGGCACAUUUGGCCCCAGACAGUGAAACGACAUUUGAUUUUCGGAAGUACAUAAGCAGAUCACUUGAAGAGGAUUUCAAAGUUGUUGUGGAGAUCAGCCCAAUUAUAUGGUUCUCUGCAGUGCUGUUCUUGCUUUCCAACACAUAUGGAUGGUAUUCUUAUUUCUGGCUACCAUUUAUCCCUUUAGUUAUAAUCCUGAUGGUGGGAACAAAACUACAAGUGAUUAUAUCAAUGAUGGGGCUGAGGAUUCAGGAGAGAGGGGAUGUGGUGAAGGGUGCCCCCCUUGUUCAACCCGGCGAUCACCUCUUCUGGUUUGGAAGCCCUCGCUUCAUGCUCUUUCUCAUCCACUUCGUUCUGUUUCAGAAUGCAUUUCAGCUGGCCUUCCUUGCAUGGAGUACAGUAAGUAAAAAUGACCACAUUUACAAAGAUCUGCUUAUACUUAUAUCAGAUCGCACCGAAGAUAUCGUGAUCAGGAUCUCAAUGGGGGUCAUUACACAAUUUUUAUGCAGUUAUGUGACUCUGCCUCUCUAUGCUCUAGUGACACAGAUGGGUUCUACCAUGAAACGCACCGUUUUCAACGAGGAAGUGGCACAAGCACUGAAGAGCUGGCACAACAAAGCCAAAAAGAACACAAAACUCAGUCAUCAUUCACACUCAAACACACCAUUCUCAAGUACGCCGGGAACUCCCAGCCACGGCGUGUGCACGUCCCCGAUCCAUCUGCUGCACAAGCACAACAACCGCAGCGAUGCUGAUGGCUAUUAUGUAUCUCCAAGAGCAUCAAACCUUGAAUUAAGUCAACGGGAAACUGAAGGGUCAUCACAUUCCCUAAACAACAACAAUGCUGGACUCAGUGACCCAGAAGAGAUUAGGGAACUGGAUCAAGAGCCUACUUCAACAACACAAUUGCCUCCGGCACGGCCUGGGAUUGGUACUCAGCAUGAAGUUAACAUUAGUCUGUCUGAGUUUUCAUUUGGCAAAGGAAAAUCAAGAAGUUGAUGGAGUUGGAUCAUAUGACAUGCUGCUAACCAUUUUCUUCUUCCUCUUCUUCUUUUGUGUACAUCAUAUAUGGUUGAGCAUUAGCAGCAACAGAGGAUAGUGUGAUUUCAUAAAUUUGUAUUGCGUGUAGGAUAUUGUGUGCCAUGCACGAUUGUAGUGUAAUUUUUUGCUCUUUUAGGCAUCACAUAUUGUACUUUACAUAUACAAUUUCAUUUUUAG